UAAAGAUAAGGGAAAGGUGAUUUUACUAGGGUAGUGGUAAGUGUUCAUGGUUUAUAAGACCAACAUAAUGCUUAAAGUCUCAGUCUUUCGCUUUCUCUGCCACGUUAAACUGCUCGAUCGCGCAACAGCAUUUCGAUACCACGUGCACCUGUGAUACCUUCCGUUCUAUCUUUUCGUCGAGAUAUUUUUGUAUCAGUGUCAUGAUGCAGUGUAAUACUUUUGCUGGAGAAAGGAAAUUAAUCGACGUUUAUUUUUGCGCCGUAAUGAUCUUUCUUUCAUAGAUCCUCGCACGAAGUCUCAAAGAGUCUCGAAGUCUCAAAGAGAAAUAUUCUGACAAUUUCCAUAAUUAAAACAUAUAACCGACGACGGCUUUUUUUAUUUCUAUAUCUAUCAAUAAGCAAUUUCUGUUACAUAACGUUUUUUUCUUCGAAUUUUCCUUCGAUUGGGCUGACAUGCACCACAAUUACAAUUAUAAGCACUAUGAAAUCGCUAACAAGACGCACAAUAAAAUAAGAUAGAUUUUAAUUGUUAUGGUACUGAAGAUAAUUUCUAUAAGAAACAAUUGGAAAAGACAUUCGUGAUACAAGAAGUGAAAAUUAUUUAAAGCGUAAAUUCGCUAUUCGAAUGCAUAAGUUUCAGACGAGAUCAAUAGUAAUCGAAAGCACGAUCAGAACGAGAAAUGAGCAUCGCGACAGUAGUCGGCACCGCUAUAAAAACAGCCAGUGUCCUUCUUGGCGUCGGUAUCGGUAAAAUAACUAUAAUCCCAGUGUUGAUUGCCGCCCUAGCGUAUUUCAAUUAUGACCUCAUGGACCCGGAAAAUCAUCCACGCGUAACGAAACAAUUAAGGAAAGAAUACGACUUUGUUGUAAUCGGCGGCGGUUCAGAUGGCAAUGUGAUCGCACCUAAUUGGAAUGUGCUUUUAUUGGAAGCCGGUGGACACGAAACCGAAAUAACCGAUGUUCCGAUACUUUCUUUAUAUUUGCAUAAAAGUAAACUUGAUUGGAAGUAUCGUACGCAACCGCAGGACACAGCUUGCCAGGCGAUGGUCGAUCAACGAUGUUGUUGGACUAGAGGCAAGGUUCUUGGAGGAUCUAGCGUUUUAAAUACAAUGCUGUACAUACGCGGCAAUCGACGUGAUUUUGAUAAAUGGGAAAGUUUUGGAAAUCCUGGUUGGGGAUACGAAGAUGUAUUGCCGUAUUUCAAAAAAUCACAAGACCAAAGAAACCCAUAUUUGGCACGCAAUACGAAAUAUCAUGGUACAGGAGGAUACUUGACCGUGCAGGAUAGCCCGUAUGUCACUCCAUUGGGCGUAGCGUUUCUUCAAGCUGGAGAAGAAAUGGGCUACGAUAUUUGUGAUGUUAAUGGUGAGCAGCAAACUGGUUUCGCCUUUUUUCAGCUUACAAUGCGGCGGGGCGCUAGAUGCAGCACCGCCAAAGCAUUUGUACGACCUAUUCAACUUAGAAAAAAUUUUCAUCUCUCCCUGUGGAGCCAUGUGACUCGAGUGCUGAUAGAUCCGCAGAGUAGAAAAACGUAUGGGGUAGAGUUUAUUAGAGAUGGUCGUAAGGAAGUAGUGUCCGUCAGGAAAGAGGUGAUUCUUUCAGCAGGUGCCAUUAAUAGUCCACAAUUGUUGAUGUUAUCCGGUGUAGGCCCGCGCGUACAUCUGGAGGAAUUAGGUAUUCCCGUGAUUGAAGACUCACCCGGAGUCGGGCAGAAUCUGCAGGAUCAUAUAGCGGUUGGCGGGCUCGUCUUCCCAAUCGAUUACAAAGUCAGUAUCGUUAUGAAUCGAAUGGUGAAUAUUAACUCGGCUCUGAGAUAUGCCAUUACCGAAGAUGGCCCGUUAACAUCCAGCAUCGGUCUCGAGGCGGUCGGCUUUAUUUCAACCAAGUAUGCCAACCAGACCGACGAUUGGCCUGACAUUGAGUUCAUGUUGACGUCCUCGUCAACGAGCUCUGACGGUGGUAAUCACGUAAAGAUCGCUCAUGGUUUGACAGACGAAUUCUACAAUGAAGUAUUUAGUAAAAUCAACAAUCAAGAUGUUUUCGGAGUAUUUCCAAUGAUGCUUAGGCCUAAAUCACGCGGUUAUAUCAGACUGAGAUCCAAGAAACCUUUAGAUUAUCCGCUGCUUUAUCAUAAUUAUCUCACCCAUCCACAUGACGUGGCAGUGCUUCGCGAAGGUGUCAAAGCGGCUAUCGCCUUUGGCGAGACCAAUAGUAUGAAAAGAUUUGGUUCCAGAUUUCAUAGCAAACCAUUACCCAAUUGCAAGCAUAUUCCACUGUAUACCGACGAGUAUUGGAAUUGUGUGGUCAGGCAAUAUACCAUGACCAUUUAUCACAUGAGCGGAACCGCCAAGAUGGCUCCAUCCGAUGACCCGAUGGCGGUCGUGAAUCCCGAGUUGAAAGUCUAUGGGAUUGAGGGACUGCGGGUAAUUGACGCAUCUAUCAUGCCGACUAUCACUAGCGGGAACAUUAACGCACCUGUCAUCAUGAUAGCAGAAAAGGGUGCCGAUAUGAUAAAGGCAAGAUGGAUGUAAUCGU